UUUUCACUUUCUCUCAUUUCUCUGCAAGCAAAAUCCUCAUGUUUUUUCUCCAUCUUCAGAUCUGAAAAUCAAUGGAACUUCAAUUAACCUCAUUCUCCGACUCGGACUCCGCCACUGCCAUUUCCGAUGUACAUAAAGCAUGGCACAUUUUCGCUCUUCUAUUAUCAACAGGAAGACCAGCUCAGCCAUCGGAGCUUUCAUCCAAAUGCACUUUGUUUUCAGCUUCACCGGAGUUCAUUGAAUUUCUCUGUUCGAUUCCUAAUUCUCCUCUCCAUUUGACGAAUAAUUACUUAGUCACGUUUUCUUCCAUCGGAUUCACAUCAACCGUUAAAUUCUUCGCGAAUGCGGAUGCGUUUACGGCUUUUGUACCUCAGUUGGAGUUUCAGGAGCUCCAGGAUAGAGGACAGAGGGAGUGUAUAACUAGGACUUAUUAUAGGAAAAGGAAGAGAGCUGGAUCGGAGUUUGAGUAUUCACAAGUAGUUAAUAAAAGAGGACUUUUCAAUUAUUUUUAUGGUAAGGGAAGAAGUCAGAUGAUGAUGCCUUUGCCUUCGAUGGCACGGAGGAUUUUCAGACAGGCAUAUCUCCCCAAUGACAAUUCGAGGUGUGGCAUGAACCAGUUGACAAGAAUACCAUUGUCAUUGGAUUGCAAUUUCAGAGAAUUUUAUGAAAUGUUCAGAACCUCUUGGGUAAUUGUUGGUAGUGCCAGAUCAUCAAGUUCUGGACUUCAGAGUAUUGAAUAUGAAUGCAAAAACACGUUAGAGAGGGGAGAGAACAGUGAUGAAGCAAAUUUUGUACAUAUUCCUAUUUGUAAAUCUAAAGUUCCUAGUCAUAGCCUGUUCAGAUUCCCUAGAUCAACAAGAGUUGAACGUAUCACAGAUUCCAUGCUUCAGACUAAUCCACACCCUGCCAGUUCAGCUUCUGAGAUGGUUGGUACUACAGAAAAGAAAAUAAACUCUUGCAUAAAUUCCUGUACUAUAGUGGACAAAGAAAUGGAAAUUUUGCUAUCUGCAGCUGAUGCUUCUGUCUACAACUUUGAAAGGAUGACUCAAAAGGAAAAUUUUGUGGAAGGCAACAAAGAAGAAUCGGCUUCUUAUCCUGUUAGUAAUAUAAACGUUAACUGCACUGAGACUCAUACAACAAAGGCGCUCAUAUCAUCUCAAAAUGAUUUGCCUGCAGAGAAUGCUACCAAAGAAUGCUCGACUUCACUUCUCCACAUAGAUACAGCGAAAAAUGAUAAGCCUCUGCAGAGCCAUGCCAUCUUAGCGCGCACACAAUCUUUUGGUCAGAAGCAGCUGGGAAAGUCAUUCCCCAAUUCAAAAUCCUUUCAGAGGGAUGUAUUAAAUCAUGGGGAGCCGAAGAAUUCCAAGGCACCAAAGGAUCAUAAUGCCGCCAGUCUGCUUCUCAACAAAGAGCAACUUAGAAGAGAUGCAACGUCAAUCCCUGUGAAGCUGAAGCACAAACAGAACUAUGACUUGGGUAUGGGAAUUAAAGAGAGGAAGGAAAAUCCAAAAGAAAAUGGGGAGAAUGUCAUAUGUAACUCUGCAAAAAACCUAUCGGAGCAAAAUCAAUUGCCUAACUUUGACUCUUAUAUUGUGGAGGAAGAAGAGGGUUCAGGUGGUUAUGGGACGGUGUACAGGGCAAGGAGAAAGAGUGAUGGAGUGAAAUUUGCAAUUAAAUGUCCUCACCCAAAUGCUAACACACAACAUGUCCAUAAUGAGUUAAAGAUGCUCGAGCGCUUUGGGGGAAAGAACUGUGUCAUUAAGUAUGAAGGAUCAUUCAAGAAUGGAAAUUCUGACUGCCUUGUUUUAGAGCAUGUCGAGCAUGAUAGACCAGAGGUAUUGAAAAGGGAUAUGAAUGUUUCCCAGCUCCGGUGGUAUGGCUUUUGCAUGUUCAGGGCACUUGCUGGUUUACAUAAACAGGGUAUUGUUCACAGAGAUGUUAAACCUGGAAACUUCCUUUUUUCAAGAAAGGUUGAUAAAGGCUACCUCAUUGACUUUAACCUAGCUCUGGAUCUGCACCAAAAAUAUGGAACAUCAGACAAGACAAAGUCAAGCCAUGCCACAAGCUUUAAUAGUGAUCCUAUUUCCCCUGCCAAGUCUCUUCCUCCAAUAAAACAGAGAAGAUUCUCAACUGUAAAACUUGAGGAAGGCAUCAAUGAGGAAGCAACAAAAGGCGCUAAGUCUCCAAUACGAUCCAAAAACCUUAAAAGGAAGGCUGACCAAGAAAAGGUUGGCACUGAUAUUGCACAUAGGAGUAUUAGAAAAAGUCAAGGUGCUGAUGGUUCGGGGGUAACCUCAGCAAAGGAUGCCACAAGCAAUAGGACUCCAUCAGCAGAAAGGUUGAGAGAACCCCUUCCAUGUACUGGUAGGAAGGAGCUGAUUAACCUAGUGCAGGAAGUACGCCAACGUUCAAGCCAUGUAGAUACGAAUGGUCCAACUUCUAAGAGAAAGCGGGUUGCUGCAACUCCAGGAAAAGUAGAAAAGAAGUAUUACAUAACUCCAAUGCCGUUGCAUUCAUCUGGAAUUGCCAUUGGUGGUGCUGGUUUACUGAAAAGCAAAGGGGACCGGAUGCAAAAGCGAGAAGGACCCUGUGUUGGAACUAAGGGUUUCAGAGCUCCAGAGGUGCUAUUCAGAUCUGUACAUCAAGGUACAAAACUUGAUAUUUGGUCAGCUGGAGUCACUUUACUCUAUUUCAUUAUUGGCCGAACACCAUUUGCUGGAGAUCCUGACCAGAACAUAAAGGAAAUAGUGAAAUUGAAAGGAAGUGAAGACUUGUGGGAAGUGGCCAAACUACACAACCGAGAGUCUUCAUUUCCAGCGGAUUUAUUUGACACCAAAUCUCUAUCGCCUGUAAAAUUACGAGAUUGGUGUUCAAGAAACACCAGAAAAUUAGAUUUUCUGGAGAUCAUUCCCCAAUCACUUAUUGAUCUUGUGGACAAAUGUUUAACAUCAAACCCAAGACUGAGGAUUAGUGCAGAGGACGCCCUCCGGCAUGAGUUCUUUACUCCAUGCUACGAGACUUGGAGAAAGCAGAAGCUGCAUCGUCUAAGGUUUAGCCAAGAGUCCCAAGACCUAGGAUCUACACUUACUCUACCAGAAAGUUCUCAGUCGUGUAGUAUUGUAAACAAAGUACAAGUAGCUAAUUGA